UCUCAUUUUCAACCAACAUCACAUCACAACCAUAUAAAUUCGCUCUCAAACACUCACCAAUAAGAUCACAUCAAUACUACAAACAACAAAACAAAAAAAAGCUCUCUUUUUCGUUUCAUGGAUCAGGAACCAACAAGCACCAUGCAACAAUGUGGAAUAGCUCCAACGGCAACAUCGUAUCGCGGUGUUCGACAACGAAAAUGGGGCAAAUGGGUGUCGGAAAUUCGCGAGCCGGGGAAGAAAAGCAGAAUAUGGUUGGGGAGCUAUGAGUCGCCGGAGAUGGCAGCAGCAGCUUAUGACGUGGCGGCGUUGCACCUCAGAGGACGCGCCGCCAGACUCAACUUUCCUGAAUUGGCGGAGACACUGCCACGUCCCGCCAGCUCCAAGUCCGAGGAUGUGCAGGUGGCAGCACAACAAGCGGCAUUGAGGUUCACUAGGUCACCGACGAUGUCACAUAACGAGAUACGUGUCAGUGAAAGCAGUGACAGAAACAGUAACAAUAGAAACAGUAACAGUAAGAAGAAGAAGAGUGAGAAUAGUGGUGUGGUUCCUCUGCAAGUGGGGCUUUCGGCUACACAGAUUCAAGCUAUAAAUGAGUCUCCAUUGGAGUCACCGAAGAUGUGGAUGAUGCAAAUGGCAGAGACGCUUAGGUUUGGGUUUGGUGAGGAGUACUCUAUGAUGAUGGUGUCUUGUGAUGGUGAUGAUGAUUAUGCUAUGGAGUUGAGUGGAUGGGAAGAAAUGCAUCAUGAAUCCUUAUGGGACUCUCCAGAAUAUAUGUGAUUAUAACUCAUCGAUAUUUAAUUAAUGUACUACCCUUGAUUUAGGACAUUCUAUUUAUUAAUCAAUUAUUAAAGAAUCAUGUAGUUUUAGUGAGACUGAUUCAAUGAAGCAAUAGUAUUAUUUAACGUUGUCAAUUGCUAAUUUCAUCAUCAUCCUUUUUUUUUUUCUCGUGUAUUGUA